AUGUUGCCGGGGUGGUCAGACACACAGCAAGCGUCUGGCGUCUCCCAACAGACCCAGCCGGUCGCGUAUAGUUGCACUGCCAUUGAGAAACCUCAACCAACUCGUCUCUGUGAACACAAAAUCGAUCGACUCACCAUCCCAAAAGAUCCUGCCUUUGUUCCAGUCCAAGUCCGCCAGGGCUUCAGUCAGUACGCGCCUCCGACACCUCCUCCGUACCAAGGUAAUGCGCCGCCUUCCGUUGGUGCCCAAUCCCCUGCCCAGGCAGAGCAGUCCAAGCCAAAGACGGAGUGGCCCGAAUCUGUCCGGAGAUAUGUUCAACGAUCCUUUCUUCCCGAAAAUGACGACCCAUCCGUGUCCCGCGCAGAAGUCGAAACCAAACUCAAGGAGACGAUUGGCACUGCCAAAGAAAACGGCACUUUGUACACAAUAGACUGGGACGCUGUUCCUAUGCCGCAAGCCCUUGUGAAAGCCGACCGUGAUGCAUUGUAUAAUCGCGGCAAUCACGCCCCCUCAUCGUCAGAAUCUCUCGCCUCCAGGAAAAGAAAGUCUUCCGAUCUUGCCGACAGUGUAUCAGACCAACCACCGUGGCACAAUGCUAACUCUCGAUCAUCUCUCGAGAACCGUAUUUCAUAUCCAUCACCAGACAAAAUUUCCGCUUUCGAAAACAAGUCGGUGAAGUCACGUAAGUUUCAAAAAGAGGCCGCCAAAAAACGCAAACGUCGCUUCGAGAGCGAAUACAAGGCUGUAUACAGAUCACCCAGUCCAAAUGUACCUUCAUCUGGUCCGAUUAUCGGAACUAGUGAGGUAUUGGAAAAGAGGUAUCUCCGCCUCACUGCUCCUCCUAUUCCUUCCAAUGUUCGACCUGUGCAUAUCCUGCGCCAAACUUUGGACUUGCUUAAGAAGAAGUGGAGAAAAGAGGGAAAUUAUUCGUAUAUUUGCGACCAAUUCAAAUCGAUGCGACAGGAUCUUACUGUUCAACGCAUCAAGAACGAUUUUACUGUUUCCGUCUAUGAGAUCCAUGCCCGCAUCGCCUUGGAAAAGGGGGACAUCGGCAAUCCUAUCGAGUUCAAAGCGUAUCGUAUUCUUUACUUCAUUCACACUGCCAAUCGUACUGGUCUGAACGACACGAUGGCAGUCCUAACCGCAGCAGAAAAGGAGGAGAAGCCGAUCAAGCAUGCGUUGCAGGUUCGAUCGGCACUAGCCUUGGGGAACUAUCAUAAGUUCUUCCAGCUCUAUCUCGACACGCCCAAUAUGGGCGCAUAUCUUUUGGAUAUGUUCGUCGCCAGAGAACGUCUUGCGGCGUUGUGUUAUAUUAGCAAAUGUUAUAAACCUGAUGUUAAGCUUCGUUUCGUCACUGAAGAAUUGGCUUUCGAGUCGGAUACCGACGCUGCCCAGUUCAUUAUCGAUCACAGUGGACAGCACCUGCUGGAGGACCGCUCAGAUGACAUUGUUUUUCUGAGCGGGAAGGCUGGCCCGCUGUUUGAAUCAUCCAGAUCCGAGGCGUUCCGAAAAGUUGACAUCAAAGGACAGAUCUAA